AUGGAGAGAAUAAAGUAUCUUGAAUAUGAGGGAUACGAAGCUCAUGAUGAUGUACAUCCUUACGAUUGGCGGAAAUUGGCCAACAACAUUAAUAUCGAAGAGACAUAUGAUUCAAUUGAAUCAAUUGACAAUGACAUUUCAUGGAUUAAUAAUGACACUCGAUUGGAAACAGUAGUAAAGAGACUAAAAGAAAUCUAUCCAACUCUCAAACGACACUCUUCUCCUGCUCCUUCUGUACUACUCAUUGCAGACCAAUUCUUUAAUGAAAAGUUAAAUGAAAUGUUUACAAAAUACAACGAGUAUCUUGGACGUCAAAACUUGGAUCAUGUAACAGUAACAACUGAUCCAUCAACCGAAUUUACCAAACAAGAGUUAAAUUUGUUAUUUACUUUGUUUGUGGCAGCUGGAUAUGGAGCUCAUUCAAUGAUAUCAACAAAAAUAGAAAUUACCAUUACACAAAUACUAAAAUACUCUAUAAAUGGUGGAAAUUAUUCAUUGGCGAUGAGAAUCAAAGAAUCACCACACCUUGAUCAAUUAGAUGCUUUGAAAUGUAUCUUAACUUUUGUUGAAAAUAUUCCAACAUUGUGUGCCAAUAGAAUUGGGGAAGCUGAAGAUUUUGUUAUCUCUUGGGAAGGUGGAAUAGUAUUAUCAACUUGGAAAAGAAUAAUUCACAAAGCAAUUGAAAGGCAAAGACUUGAUCUUUUAUUAAAAUUGGUUGUAGUAAUGGAUGAUGAUGGAAAAGAAUCAAAUAACAUUGAUAAAGUAUUCAAACAAGUAUUCAAGAAUAGAUACUUGAUCAAUCACAUCUUUGGUCAUGUGAGAGGUAUUCAUAGAGAUCGUAUGAUUGCCUAUUACGACUUUACAGAUGCAGAUUAUAUUGAAUAUUCAAUGUAUCAUCAAAGGUUAAAUGGUGUAAAGUACAUAUACAGUCAUAUGAGAGUAUACAAUGAUAUUGGAGAUACGUUUUAUCGACAUCCGAUCUACUCGACGAUCAUCAAGGAUAGAGCAACUGACAACAACAAGGGACGCGCAUACUCAUUCUUUAACUAUUACAGAUAUGGUUCGUCACCAUCUAAAGUUUGUCGUAACCCUGAUAUCGAUGUAGAGACAUUCAAACAAUUGGUAUUAUUGGCAAGUCCUAAAAUGAUAAACCCAAGAAAUACAUCUGUCAUGGAUUGGACAAGGAAAAGUGGAAACACAGCAAGAAUACAAUAUCUUAUCGAUCAAGGUUAUAAAGAAAAAGAAAAAGAUAAAGAUAAAGAGAAUCAAUUGGUUGACGCUACUAUUGUAGUUGUAGAAGAAAAAGAUAAAGAUAAAGAAAAAGAAUUGGUAGAUCAAGUCAACAAAUUAAAGAUAGAGUAUAAAGAAAUUAUUAGUAAAAAAUACAAUCAACAAUCAAUCGAUCAUUAUAUUCAAUCAAGAUUAAAAGAAAUGAUUAAUCAUUAUAGAAAUUAUCAAAACAACAUUAAGAAUCAAAAUAAUAAUAACAAAAAAGAAGUAAUCUUGGAUCUUCCAUUAGAUGAAAUAUAUUCAUGGUUUACAAAACAAGAGAUUGAUUUAAUAUCAAAGUUUUUGUUAGAGUUUGAAGGAUUAGCAAGUAUACAUGUGCGACCAGCCAUCAAGAAAUUAUUAUUACUAGAUAAUCCAAUCAUAACAACAUGUUUUAUAACACUAAAACCAUUCAACACAAAAAAUCAAGAAUAUAUAGUACAAUGUUGUUCCCAUUUAUCAUUUGAUACAUUCAAGUUUGCAAUGAACCAUCUUUGGGCAGACAAGGUUGAUAUCUGGGUAAAUGACCUACUUGUCUAUUUCAUAACAGAUUCAUUGAAAAAUGGAGAAUUGGUAGCAACAAGAAAUGUUUUAUUGAGUGGUCGGUUACCAAUCAACUCGUUACUCAGAACCAUCCUUUUCCUUAGACCAACUUAUUUGGAUGGAUAUAUUAGAAUUGCUUUAGAAUUCUUUAGCAAAAAGGAAAAUGAUUCAACAAACAAAAAGUUUUGGGCAGAGAUUUUAAAGAUUGCAUCUUGGGCAAGACCUGAUAUUAUGGAUACCUAUUUCUCCAAUGAUAUUAUCAACCAAACAGAUAUCUCACAUAUGAUAGACAAUUCAAUCAAAGGUGGAAAUUAUUCAAUGGCAUUGAAAAUUAAAAACACAUCCACCUUUGAUCAAUUGGAAAUGGUUGUUCACAUACGUCAAUUUGUUAGAGCAAUCUCUACAUUUUGUAUAAACCGUGUUAGUGAAGCAAUCAAUUUUGUAAUUGAAUGGGAUGGUGGUAAAAUUAUUUUAUCAAAUUGGAGAAAUCUCAUAAACGAUGUAUUAUCAAGAGAAAGAUUUGAUAUUUUAUUAAAAUUGGUUGAAGUAGGGAUUGUAUCAAAAAAUAAUUCUUUGGAUAUUGAAACAAUGGUGAUUCAAAAAACAGGGUUCCUAUUAGAGUGUAUGGAAUCUCUACCACCAAAUUGUUUAAACACUAGUAACCUAAGUACUAAGCGUUGGAAGAGAUUAAUUAGAAGGGCUAUUACAGUUGGAUCGAUUGUUCAGGUUGGUAUGGUCGUAGAGAAAUAUUUUGAAUUGGGUAUAGACUAUGAUGAAAAAAAGAAAAUUCAAAAAUGGAUGAUUUUGUCAAAAGGGAAUAAAACAUAA